CACCGCCCUGCGCCGCCGUGCGCCUUGGACAAGAGACCAAGGUUGCUGGGCGCGCAGCAGGCGAUGGCUACUGUGAUGAGGGCGCACACGCCGUCUUCUUGGCUACUCUCCCUUUGCUAGGCUACAUAAAGAGCUCUGAAUCGCACGAAAUUCCACUUUCCUUCAGCUGUGCUCACCUCUCCUUCUCCUCCCUUGGCCCUCUCGUUCCCCUUCUCAUUUCGUUCCCGUGCGGCUGGUCCGCACACUUCCUGCCGACUCGACAUUCACUUUCAUAUUUCUUUCUUUUAAAGUCUCAAGAUGCAGAUCACGAGGCCGUUCGUAUUGCUGCUCGCCAUCGCGAUUGGCUCCGUUUCCCAGGCCAGCGGCGCUCCCACGGUUCGGCCUCUGACCCGAAGACAAGAAGUCGAGCUGGAACUUGGCGAUGGGCAAAUGAUUGAGGUCGAUACGGCUACAGAUAUGCCCCGGAUCACAAUCACCGACGAUGACGGCGAAAUUGUUCAGAGCUACAGCGGUGGAGGGUCGCUGCGCAAGCCGACAGCUCCGACAUGCAGCGUUGAUGACCUCCUUGUCCCUUGCGAAAGUUUGCUCGCGGGUAGCGACGCAUCCACCUUCGUCCACGGCGGUGUUAACGAAAACAACUUCGAUUACGGUGCCGGAGAGCUCGGCGAAGGCCUUCGCCACGAUCCUCUCCUUGGUUUAUCUCAAGCAUAUGACAUUUCGUCGCAGGCAGACGUCUCCUUCGGAUCUUCAAUACAGGUACCUUCUCCCCCUUCGAUAGGGACCUACAAAGCACCGAUGAUUGGAGGCGGGCAAUUUCACGAUGGCACCUUUACGCCCUUACAAAUGACUGGGCCUCAGCCGACCAACAACGUCAUCGCACCUCCUCGACCUCCUCUCACCUACAGCUCUCAACCAAUGGGACCAGAACCUCAUGCGCCUCCGCCUGCUGUGGCUCCUCCCGCAAUCCAGAAUCAGACACUGCCACUGUCGAAUCCGGACAACGGCAUCAUUUUGACACAAAGCAACGGUGUGCAAGGUACUGUCAACAACACGGUCCCUCCUCAGCAGCUGCCAGAGAACAUGGGCAAAGGACCCGAACAAGCAGACGACAAGAAGCCCGGGGAACUGAAGCCCGAAGACAGCAAGCCAGAAGAGGGACCAAAGCCGGAGGAACCCAAGCCAGAGGGGCCCAAACCUGAAGGAAGCAAGCCCGAAGAGAAGAAACCGGACGAACCCAAGCCAGAAGAGAAGAAACCCGACGAACCCAAGCCAGAAGAGAAGAAACCCGACGAACCCAAGCCCGAUGACAAGAAGCCGGACGAGCCCAAGCCCGACGACAAGAAGCCCGAGGGGAAUGAUCCCGACGAAAAGAAGGGCGUCGGGGCACCUCCGCCUCCCCCACCUCCUCCCCCGCCGCCGCCACCACCACCGGCCACAGCACCCCCUGCCGAAAAGAAACAAAAACGCAGCAUAGCGACUGGCCAGGACGGCAGCGCUCGCCCCAGCUUUUUCCGACGAUGGUUGCCCAGUGACUUCUCCUCGGAUUAUGUCAACCGCGACUACAUUUCUCGAGGAUUUUUCGGACGGCGCGACUUGGAACCUCGCUGCGCGGAGUGUGAUGCCAAGAAAGCAAAGCAGGAAGCGCUGACAGUAGGAGGUGCAGGAACAGGCAGCAACCUCAAGCACGACGAGCCAAAAGUCACGGAGCAAUGGCCGAUGGAGACAACCAGCAACCAGAAUAAUGUUGCGCUGGACGCCAGCAGGGCGACGGACAAGGUCUUCCCCUACCUUGCUGUGUCCAAGGCUCCCAAGGAGUUGGCUCUGGCAACCCAACCGUUGGUCAACACCGUCAAGAAUGCAGAUGGCGCCAGCCACAUUACGGCCAUCAUUGAGCCCAUUGUGAUUCCUGUCCCCGAAAAAGCAUUCGACGAGCUCGGUGGCGGCGCUUAUGUCCUUCACACGCCCGGAGACUCGCUCGACGAGGCGAUUAAGAAUGCCUCUCUGUCGCUCAACAACGCCUCUUUGACCCUCAACAACGCCGCACAGAAGACCAUCGACGACACCAAACUUGCGGCUAGUCAGUUUAGUGCAGCUGCGCUCAACAAUGCCGACUUCAGAGGGAGCGGAGAUGUCGGCGUCGGGGAGGAGGAGGAGCUCAAGGAGCCCAAGGGCAAGAAGCAAAUUGGCGCAAUACCCCCGGUGCCUGGCCAUCGCAAGCGCUUUAUCUACAAGAGGUCGCCAGCGCUGGGUGGCGCGAGCGACAGCACCGGCAACGCCGACUCGUCUACGCCGUUGGAGCGAGGUCUACAGAAGCGAAUCGGGGACACGGAUAUGCCCAAGGAUGACAAGGACAAGAGGGAGAUGGAUGGAGAGACCCCAGAGCCAGGUCCAAGCAAGCGCUUCAUCUACAAGAGGUCGCCAGCGCUGGGUGGCGAGGGCAGCAGUGGCACCGGCGGCGCACCUAUGCCGUCGGAACGAAGUCUUGGAAAUUGGAUGGAGGAUGUGGAGCCUCAGGGGCCCAAGGAUAAAAGGGGCGCGGGGCAGACGGGCGAUGACCCCAGGGGGCCUCGUCAAAGCAAGCGCUCCAUCUACAAGAGGUCACCAGCGCUGGGCGACGCGAGCGACAGCAGCGGCAACACCCGCUCAUCCACGCCGUUGGAAAGGAGUCUGGAGAAGCGGAUCGGGCAGGUGGAGGAGCCAAAGGGGCCCAAGGAUAAAAGAGACCCGGGACAGGGUGACAAUGACUCCACGGGGCCAGACCCAAGCAAGCGCUCCAUCUACAAGAGGUCGCCACAAAGCGAGGGCACCCGCACCGGCCCAUCUUCGCCGGUGGAACGAAGUCUGGAGAAGCGAGUUGGGGAGUUGGAGGGGCCCAAGGGGCCCAAGGACAAAAGAGGCGCGGGGCAGGGGGACGAUGACUCCACGGGGCCUAGCGAAAGCAAGCGCUCCAUCUACAAGAGAUCGCCACAAAGCGAGGGCACCCGCCCCGGCUCACUCCCGCCGUUGGGACGAAGUCUGGAGAAGCGGGUCAGGGAGUUGGAGGAGCCCAGGCAUGAAAGGGAAAAGAGGCACACGGAAGAUCCCCCCAGGGCGCCUAGCGAAAGCAAGCGCCUCAUCAACAAGAGGUCGCCACAAGGCGAGGGCGCCGGCUUCGGCUCACUCUCGCCUUUGAAACGAAGUCUGGAAGAGGCGGUAGGCGAGAGACGACAUGCCCGACGACACUUCAUUACACGCAGGUCGGAGAUCCGUUCGCGCGCCGUGGCACCUAGUCCUGCCCCAGGUUGGUAUCGUAGAGAUAAUGCUCAGGACGAUCACGACGACCUCUUCAGGCAUGGUCCUGCUGUUCCUCUCAACGUGACAAAAUCAGCGACUGCUAAGGGGGCCAAGGGUGGGAAGAAGGUGUUGGGCGACGAUGACAUGGAUGGGGAUGGGGUCCAUGAUGAUCUCGACGAUAGGUACCAGGGCUAUCUGCCUAUUGCUAACAAGAGCGUAACGCAGUAUGUCCCUCCCAGCACCUCGAGCGUCGGAAGGACGAACAUGACCAACAACGGCAGCGGCAAGCUCGUCUACGGUCACAAGGUCACAGCCAAUGGAGGCACCACAACUUUCGCUCGGGCGGCCAUCACGUCAACAGUCCUUGCUGCCCUUAUCGGCAUUGGUGUCUUUGCGCUGCUGUAGACAAGAGCCAAUUCC